UAUCUAAUAAAUGAAACAGUGACACAAAGUGGGUUUAUACAUUUAAGUUCAAAAUAAAUCCUGUGGUGAAUUUGACGUGAGGAUAAAAUUACGGAAAACGGUAGCUCCAGAAAUAAAUAUUUGAAAGUAUUUGGUGUAAUUUACGAUACAAACAAUGUCGUAUCCUCCUCCAAACCAACAGCAAGGUGCUUACCCAACACCUUAUAAUAGCAAUUAUCCUCCUGCACCUGCUCCAGGUUAUCAAACGCCUAAUGCUCCAGGCUAUGCACCAGUUCCACAAGGUUACGGCCCACCCCCUCCUCAAGGUUAUCAACCACCCCCAGGUCAAUACCCUCCAGGACCUGGAUAUGGCGCCCCGAUCACGAAUCAGCCGAUGGGGCCAGCUGGUGGCUGGAUGAAUAUGCCGCAAGGCAUUCCCAACUGUCCGCCAGGCUUGGAAUAUCUUACUAUGAUUGACCAACUUUUAGUACAACAAAAGGUUGAAAUUCUUGAAGCUUUGACUGGCUUUGAGACCCAAAAUAAGUAUACAGUAAAAAAUAGUUUAGGUCAAAAGGUUUACUAUGCAGCUGAAGACUCAGAUUGCUUAACAAGGAAUUGUUGUGGUCCCAUCAGACCCUUCGAUAUGAAAAUUCUGGAUAAUUACAGGAACGAAGUUAUACAUCUCCAUAGACCGUUGGCCUGCGAUUCCUGCUGCUUUCCAUGUUGCUUACAAAGCAUGGAAGUAUCUUCACCGCCUGGCACAAUUGUCGGUACCGUUGAACAAGAAUGGAGCAUUUUCUGUCCCACUUUCGCAAUAAAGAACGCUAGUGGAGACACCGUUUUAAGAAUCGAAGGACCAUGUUGCACCUGGAGCAUUUGUGGAGACGUGGAGUUCAAGAUAAUGUCGGGAGACGGUGCUGUGCAAGUUGGGAAAAUUUCCAAGCAGUGGUCUGGAUUGAUGAGGGAGAUGUUCACGGAUAGUGACUAUUUUGGUAUAACUUUCCCCAUGGAUUUGGAUGUCCGUAUGAAAGCUGUCAUGUUGGGCGCAUGUUUCUUAAUUGAUGCCAUGUUCUUCGAAAGUACUCAAAAGGACAACUCAACAAAUAUAUAAGCCUAAGAAGUACCUCCUUAUUAAUGAAUAUGCUUAUUACAGUGUCUUAUACAUUUUUUACGAUAUUAUUGCUUUUUAAACUAAAACUUUUACCCGAGAAGUACUCGGAUAUUAUAUUAUAACUUAUGUAGUAUUUAUUCAUUAUUGUGGUUAAUUUUUAACAAAAAUGGUAUAAAAUAAAACAUGUGAACUUUUACU